AUGCAGAACCAUCUCGCUUCCGACGAGAUCAUCACGAGCAUCGAGGUCAGCGCCAAGCAGGCCAACCAGGGAAUGGCGUAUGCGAAGUUCUCGCACCCGGCAUCCCGGUACGCCGUCGUGGGCGCUGCCGCAUCGGUCACCGUAGAGGGUGGCACGGUCACGGCGGCCAGCGUUGCCGUUGGCGGCGUCGAGGCUGCUCCGACCAUGGGCAGUUCCGUCGCGGCCUGUCUUGUCGGCAAGGAGCCGACGGACGCUGCGCUCGACGAGGCCGCCGCAGCCAUCUGCAGCGACAUCGGGGACGACGUGCUGAGCGACAUCUUCGCCUCGGAGGACUACCGCAAGGCGAUGGCCGUCGUGUACACGCGACGCGCCUUGGGCUGCGCGGUGGAGUGCGCGGGCUAG